AUGGGAUCUUUCACGCAACGUCCGUGUCCUACAACAAUCGAGCCAACAUCACCGGCGCUACCACCAACAACAACACCGACAACAGCCCAGCCAAACCCCACAUCCCCUACAAUGACAGAGGAGGCAACCACACGGGCACCAUAUACCACAACAGAUGAAGCGAAACCAGGUAGGACAACGAUACUGACAACGACAACGACAGUGACAGCGGUGACAGCUGCACAAGCGACUGACAACCCGGCUCAGAGUCCACUGACAGAUGGAGGUAACUCAGACAUAAUAGCCCCGCCCCUCCAGUGGUAA